UCUCUGUUUAUAUGCAUUUGAAGGCCAUGUGAGUGACUGAGUGAGAUUACUUAUGAAUACUAUAGUACAUAUUGUAUAUACCAUAGUUUGAUAGAUGAGUAAGUAUAAAGCUUUGUAUGCACAGAGUUGAAGUGUGUGUACGGUAAUUGGCAGCAACCCCGCUCAUUUGGCUUGACUGCCACAACUACCGACCUUUUUAGACAACGAAACUACUAGUUGACGCUGUUAUACCUUCUAUGAAAAAGUCGGAUUUUUUCAGUUGCUGAAAUUAAAUUUUUAAAAAGCCUCAACUGUACUUACUCAAGAGUUGUGCGUGAAAUAUGUGUAUACACUUGUGUGUAUAUUCGUAACAUAUUUAGUAUAGUCUGACUAGUCGGACUAAUUGCAUUAGCUAAACUUCAAAAUAUCGAUUUUUUAGUUUUUAUGAAACGAUAAUUUUGGAAACCAAACCAUUUCUAAACUAUAUUGACGUCUUCAAAUAAUUAUUGUCACAGAUUAUUAUAUAUUUUUUUAAUUUCAUGAAGGGUAUUUUGAAUUCGGUAUAACUGAACGGAAUUGACGUUCCGUUGAUUGUUUGAUUUUUGAUUGAAUGAGAAAUAAAUACUAUGGUCAAUAAAGCAAUUUUGAGUAGAUCGCCAGUUGUUUGUUGGCGUUGAGCAAAUGAGAGCAUUUAGCGUCGCAUUGUAAAUUAAUAAUCAACAACUGUGUAAUUUAGAUUUCUGUUGCGAAUAUUGAGUAUAGAUGUUUGUAUGUGUAUGCCUUUCUGGCUAUGACUUUAAUGACGGCAUCAGAUGGCAAUUGGAGAUACGCUUUAAGUAUUUGCUGUUAGUCGUCUAUUGGUAGAGAUCGUGAACGGUUUAACUGGAAACGUUCCGUAGCGCGCGAAUAAAUAAAGUCAUACAAUUGAAACCCUGCACCUUAUAAACAGAAUACUUAGCCGGUAGUUUCAUGUGGUAUCUACAUAAACACAGACGCCAAGUGAAUUGGAAUAUUAAAAUAUUAAUUGAUUACGAAAAACAAAUGCUUGUACAGUUGUGAUUAAUUUAUUUGCGCAAAUUACUUGAGUACAUAUGUAUGUAUGUACAUACAAAUACUCUGAAGUACGCACUUAUGUGUCUUUUGCGGGGCAUAGACUUUGAACGUGUCAGUAGGUGACGUAUACGCAACGUAUGAUAACCAUAAAUGCGUGCACAUAAAUAUGUAUGUAUGUAUGCGCUCUAUACAAAAAAAAAAUUGCAUAUACAGAGUAAGAGCCGUCAUUAUCAAGUACAUUGUAAAACUAAUUACUUUACAGUUAUAUCGAAAAACGUUCUUGACAUACAUAUGAAUUUGGAAGUACUGAAACUUUGACUGUGACAAAAAAGACAACAAAUUAACCAAAAGCUGUAUCAGCAAAAUAACAAAGUUUAUUGCCAUAGCUGCGGCAGCACAUCAUGCCACCAACGGAAACCACAAAUUAAAGUCAUAGUGAAAACUUCGCAUUUUGUGCACAAGUUGAAACAUAGUUGUAGCAAAGACUACAAAGAGUGAUCAAUCUAGCACGCGUUGUGCGAAAUUCUAGUGAAGUUGUUAACAAUUUGGCAAAGUCAUCAGCAGGUAUAGUUAAGUCAAGCGAACUUUCUGAAGGCCUUUCACACAAAGCGAACAUACGAUUUGCUCGUUUGGCGCACAUGUGGACACGCACACUGCAGUAACACAUACGCACACAACAUCAAGUGUAUCUAUGUACAUCUAGACAUAAUAAACAGAGCAAAGAAUUUAGUUGUUUUGGUCGACUUUUAAUGGUGUGAUUAUUCGGCUGCUACCUGCUCGCAGUUUGGAAAGAUAGUAUAUUUGCGAAAAAUUCGACAAUUUCUUCUGUAUAACAGCCGCCACAAUGAGUUAUGAUGACGUCAUUAAUUAUUUGGGCGAUUUCGGCAAAUAUCAGAAACAAAUUUAUUUUUUACUCUGCCUACCGGCUAUUUCCUGCGCUUUCCACAAGUUAGCUGGUGUAUUCCUUUUGGCGCGCCCAGAAUUUCGUUGCUUACUGCCGUUUGAGAAUCCGUUAAAUGCAACAUAUGACUCUUUUCCACUCGAACAUUGGAAUCUGAGUUAUCCUAUAGACGAUCUAACCGGUAAAUAUCAGAGGUGCGAAUAUUAUAAUACUGACUAUACAACGGACUAUUUGGAGACGGCGACCAUGCCGGCCACAGGCAAUGGCACUGUCAAAUGCAGUCACUACGUCUACGAUCGUUCAAAGUACGAAAAUAGCGCGGUUACCGAGUGGGAUAUGGUGUGUGCACGCGGCUUAUUGACCGCCACAAGUGACAGCCUAUUUAUGCUUGGCGUAUUGUUGGGCAGUAUUGUAUUUGGACAGAUGUCGGAUAAAUAUGGACGCAAACCCAUUUUCUUUGCCUCUCUGGUUAUACAAGUUAUCUUCGGCGUACUGGCUGGUAUUGCUCCUGAGUACUUCACCUAUACCAUAUCACGCAUGGUUGUGGGCGCUACAACGUCCGGUGUCUUUUUGGUCGCAUAUGUCAUCGCUAUGGAAAUGGUGGGCUCGACAUAUCGACUUUUUGCCGGCGUGACCGUACAAAUGUUCUUCUCAGUUGGUUUCAUGUUAACAGCCGGUUUUGCAUAUUUCAUACAUGACUGGCGUUGGCUGCAAAUCGCUCUCAGUUUGCCCGGAUUAUUAUUCAUGUGCUAUCAUUGGGUCAUACCGGAAUCGGCCAGAUGGUUACUCUCUAAAGGUAGGAAAGAGGAGGCAAUCGUAGUUAUUGAGAAGGCGGCACGCAUAAACCGUGUGACCAUACCGAGUGAAGUAUAUGACAAUCUAAUCGAUGAAGCAGCUGAGCGUGAGAAAAAAGAGGAGACUGUAUCUGAAGGCGCAGAUGAAAAGGCACCCACCGUAUUCGAUCUUCUGAAAUAUCCGAAUUUGCGUAAAAAAACACUUGUUAUUCUCUUUGAUUGGUUUGUCAACAGCGGCGUGUACUACGGGCUAUCGUGGAACACAAAUAAUCUUGGUGGCAAUGUUUUACUAAAUUUCAUGAUUUCUGGUGCAGUUGAAAUUCCCGGCUACACAUUUCUCCUAUUUACGCUUAACCGUUGGGGUCGCCGCACAAUACUUUGUGGUUGUAUGCUGGUCGCUGGUGGUGCCCUGUUGCUAACCAUAAUUGUACCUGCAAGCAAUAAUUGGCUUAUAAUAUUGUUUGCCAUGAUUGGCAAGUUGGCCAUUACUGCAUCGUAUGGUACUAUAUACAUUUUCUCGGCGGAACAAUUUCCUACAGUGGUGCGUAACGUUGGUCUAGGCGCAGCGUCAAUGGUAGCUCGUGUCGGAGGCAUCUUGGCGCCAUAUUUAAAUUUAUUGGGUGAAAUAUGGCGUCCUCUGCCAUUGAUCGUGUGUGGCUCUUUGGCAUUCUUUGCGGGGCUCUUGUCUUUGAUGCUGCCGGAGACGCUUAAUAAACCGAUGCCCGAAACGAUUGCCGACGCCGAACAGUUCGGAAAACGUACACGCAAUGCUAAGUUCGCCGAAGCAGGCGGUGAGGAGUUAGCCAGAAUUGUUACACCGGAGCAGAAAAAUCACGUUGCGGAUGGAAAUACAUGAUAAUAUUGCCUAAGUUUUUUAAGCGAAUUUAUUUUAAUAUCAGUAAACCGUUAUCUUAAUAUGGAAACUUCUUAACUGAUACAACAUGUUAAUUCAAUGCGAAUUAUUAUGUUAAGCAAAAAGAUAAAUACAAUAAUUUAGGAAAAGGAUAAUGCAAGCACAAACCGUACUUUGAAUCUUUUCUCGUUAAGGUAACGGUAUACAUACCAUACAUUUAUCAUUAGGAUUACUAUUGUAUAACUCUGGGAAAACGUUUAAAAUAACCAAAGAAUCUUCAAAAAUGUAUUGUUUUAUGUGUUAUGUGAAUAUUAUCGUCGUCGAUAAAAAAUAUGGUUACAUGCAAUUGUACUUUUAUCUAUAAAUUUUCAUAAUUAGAUUUCUAACUAAUGCAUUAUUUUACAUAAAUUACAUUAAUUAGUAAUUACAUUAAUGUUAACUUAAUAUUGCUCUCCAAAAUAAAGAGUUCUGUCUAAAAUUAUUUAUUUUAAUAAAGACAUAACAAUUAUGUUAUCUACUAAACCCCCCGGUUCACUUACAAAUAAUAUAAGUAACAUUUACUGUAACUAACCUCAAUAUUUGCAGUUUUCUCAGAAAAAUUUCUAUAUACUUAUGUACAUUUAUGUGUAUGUAUGUCUCUGCACAGACAAUUUAUUUCACUUGCAUUUAUUAUAUUCUAUAUUAGAUUAAAACAUUCUUAAGUGUAUAAUAUUUAAAAUCUUAUAUAAAUUUAUUCAAGUACCAGAGUAAUACGACACAUAUUUUUAAUAAAAUUAAGUGAAGUUCGAAACUUCGCAUUGAAAAGUUUAUGAAAAACACUGUUAUAACUUGACCAAAAUUAGGAAAACACUUCGGUCAAAAAAACCCUUAACAUAGGGUUUUAACUUAACCAUUACUUCACCUGCUUUUAUAGUAUUCUUAACUCUAUACAUAUUCUACACUCUGUACACUGUAUAUAUUCGAAAAAUGUGUCUGUUUUUUGAUUCCUUCUGAAAAUUUGACCUUUCAUUUCUUAUGAAA